GAGGCUGCCGGAUGUGACGUAUGGCAUACAGCGACCAUCGAUAUUCUAGCAUUUGGUUUUUGCUGUUACCGCUGUUAACUACGCAAGGGGAAGAGUAUAAUAAAAGACAAGAGAGGGAGAGCCAUAUAAUUUAAGCACGUUAGUUUUGUCUCUGAAGGAAAAUCUUUAUCCAUAAACAUGUAUGAUCAAGAUGAGGAUAUCCAGUAUGACGAAGAUGAUGAUGAAAUUACCCCCGAUUUGUGGCAGGAAGCCUGCUGGAUUGUCAUCAGCUCUUACUUUGAUGAGAAGGGCCUCGUGCGACAGCAGCUGGACUCCUUUGACGAGUUCAUUCAGAUGUCUGUGCAGAGGAUCGUGGAGGAUGCGCCGCCCAUUGACCUGCAGGCGGAGGCUCAGCACACGACCGGGGAGGUGGAGGAGCCGCCAAGAUAUCUUCUUAAGUUUGAACAGAUUUACCUUUCUAAACCCACACACUGGGAGAGAGAUGGGGCACCUUCGCCCAUGAUGCCCAAUGAGGCCAGACUGCGGAAUCUCACGUACUCCGCCCCCCUCUAUGUGGACAUCACCAAAACCAUCAUAAAGGAGGGGGAGGAGCAGCUGCAGACUCAGCACCAGAAGACUUUCAUCGGAAAGAUUCCCAUCAUGCUUCGCUCCACGUACUGCCUGCUGAGUGGCCUGACAGACCGCGAUCUCUGUGAGCUAAACGAGUGUCCACUGGAUCCCGGGGGCUACUUCAUCAUCAACGGCUCCGAGAAGGUUCUCAUUGCCCAAGAGAAGAUGGCCACAAACACAGUGUAUGUAUUUGCCAAGAAGGACUCCAAGUACGCCUACACGGCUGAGUGUCGCUCCUGUCUGGAGAACUCUUCCCGCCCUACCAGCUCCAUCUGGGUCAGCAUGAUGGCCCGAGGCGGCCAGGGUGUGAAGAAGAGCGCCAUAGGUCAGAGGAUCGUCUCCACACUCCCCUACAUCAGGCAGGAAGUUCCUAUCAUCAUAGUCUUUCGUGCCCUGGGCUUCGUGUCUGACAGAGACAUUCUGGAGCACAUCAUCUAUGACUUUGAUGAUCCUGAGAUGAUGGAGAUGGUGAAGCCCUCCCUAGACGAAGCCUUCGUGAUCCAGGAGCAGAACGUGGCCCUGAACUUCAUCGGGUCCAGAGGCGCCAAGCCCGGUGUCACCAAGGAGAAGAGAAUCAAGUAUGCCAAGGAGGUGCUGCAGAAAGAAGUGCUGCCCCACGUCGGCGUCAGCGACUUCUGCGAGACGAAGAAGGCCUACUUCUUGGGUUACAUGGUACACAGACUCCUAUUGGCUGCACUGGGCCGGCGUGAGCUGGAUGACAGAGAUCACUACGGCAACAAGAGGCUGGAUCUCGCCGGGCCCCUGCUUGCAUUCCUCUUUCGCGGAAUGUUUAAAAAUCUACUAAAAGAAAUCCGGAUCUAUGCCCAGAAGUUCAUUGACAGAGGGAAAGAUUUUAAUCUGGAGCUGGCCAUCAAGACGCGCAUCAUUUCUGAUGGGCUAAAGUACUCCCUCGCCACCGGGAACUGGGGAGACGUCAAGAAGGCCCACCAGACCAGGGCUGGGGUGUCUCAGGUGUUGAAUCGGUUGACAUUCGCCUCCACCCUGUCUCAUCUACGGAGAGUCAACUCCCCCAUUGGCCGCGAUGGCAAGCUGGCCAAGCCCAGACAGCUACACAACACACUGUGGGGCAUGGUGUGUCCCGCAGAGACCCCUGAGGGUCACGCUGUGGGACUGGUGAAGAACCUGGCGCUCAUGGCUUACAUCUCUGUGGGCUCCCAGCCAUCCCCCAUCCUUGAGUUCUUGGAAGAGUGGAGCAUGGAGAAUCUGGAAGAAAUCUCUCCAGCAGCCAUUGCAGAUGCCACUAAGAUCUUUGUGAAUGGAUGUUGGGUGGGCAUUCACAAAGACCCUGAGCAGCUGAUGAACACACUGAGGAAACUGAGGCGGCAGAUGGACAUCAUUGUCUCAGAGGUAUCGAUGAUCCGGGACAUUCGGGAGAGGGAGAUCCGGAUCUACACGGACGCAGGAAGGAUCUGCCGCCCGCUUCUGAUCGUGGAGAAGCAGAAGCUGCUGCUGAAGAAGCGACACAUCGACCAGCUGAAGGAGAGGGAGUACAACAACUACAGCUGGCAGGAUCUGGUAGCCAGCGGCGUGGUGGAGUACAUUGACACGCUUGAAGAGGAGACGGUGAUGCUGGCUAUGACCCCUGAUGACCUUCAGGAGAAGGGCGUGGCUUACUGUUCCACCUACACCCACUGCGAGAUCCACCCCUCCAUGAUCCUGGGCGUUUGUGCCUCCAUCAUUCCUUUCCCUGACCACAAUCAGUCGCCCAGGAACACGUACCAAUCUGCUAUGGGUAAGCAGGCCAUGGGAGUCUACAUCACAAACUUCCACGUGCGCAUGGACACGCUGGCACACGUACUGUACUACCCACAGAAACCCCUGGUGACCACACGGUCCAUGGAGUACCUGCGUUUCAGGGAGCUCCCAGCGGGUAUCAACUCUAUUGUGGCGAUUGCGUCGUAUACUGGGUACAACCAGGAAGACUCUGUCAUCAUGAACCGCUCCGCUGUGGAUCGUGGAUUUUUCCGGUCUGUGUUCUACCGAUCCUACAAAGAACAGGAGUCCAAGAAGGGUUUCGAUCAGGAAGAAGUGUUUGAGAAGCCUACACGUGAAACUUGCCAAGGCAUGAGACAUGCCAUCUACGACAAGCUAGAUGACGACGGCCUGAUCGCGCCGGGCGUCCGCGUCUCCGGCGAGGACGUCAUCAUCGGCAAGACGGUGACGCUGCCGGAGAACGACGACGAGCUGGAUAGCACGAACCGCCGCUACACCAAGAGGGACUGCAGCACCUUCCUGCGUACCAGCGAGACCGGAAUCGUGGACCAGGUCAUGGUCACGCUCAACCAGGAAGGCUACAAGUUCUGCAAAAUCAGGGUGCGGUCUGUUCGUAUCCCUCAGAUCGGAGACAAGUUUGCCAGUCGUCACGGACAGAAGGGUACCUGUGGUAUCCAGUACAGGCAAGAGGAUAUGCCGUUCACAUGUGAGGGAAUCACCCCCGACAUCAUCAUCAACCCCCACGCCAUCCCUUCUCGAAUGACAGUCGGCCAUUUGAUCGAAUGUCUGCAGGGCAAGGUGUCGGCAAACAAGGGGGAGAUUGGUGACGCCACGCCUUUCAACGACGCCGUUAACGUGCAGAAGGUCUCCAACCUGCUGUCCGAGUACGGCUAUCACCUGAGAGGCAAUGAGGUGCUUUACAACGGUUUCACGGGUCGCAAGCUCACCUCGCAGAUCUUCAUCGGACCCACAUACUACCAGCGCCUGAAGCACAUGGUGGACGACAAGAUUCACUCGCGUGCCCGCGGCCCGGUCCAGAUCCUCAACAGACAGCCCAUGGAGGGUCGAUCUCGUGACGGCGGACUACGUUUUGGCGAGAUGGAGCGCGACUGUCAGAUUGCCCACGGCGCCGCGCAGUUCCUCAGGGAGCGUCUGUUCGAGGCGUCCGACCCCUACCAGGUCCACGUGUGCAACCUCUGUGGCCUGAUGGCCAUCGCCAACACGCGGACGCACACCUACGAGUGCCGAGGCUGCCGCAACAAAACUCAGAUCUCUCUGGUUAGGAUGCCUUACGCCUGCAAGCUGCUCUUCCAGGAGCUGAUGUCCAUGAGCAUUGCGCCGCGAAUGAUGACCACCUAGAGGACUCGCCGUUCCCAGGCUGUGGAAUAUAAGUCACUGUAAAUGAGCAACGGCAGAUAUUGCUGUAUGUAGCGCAGCACUGGUGGACUGAACAUGGAAUCCAGCAGCUACAUGCUGUUCUUGUUCUCAUCUGUGUUGUUACAGUGUUUGUCAUUGUUGUAGAGAACAAGAAGAAUGUUAUUUUGUAAUAUGAGGGAAAAGUAAUAAAAUUUCAUUUUUAAA